AGAAAUACCACCAUAGUGAGUCUGGUUUCUGAUAGAGUCACUGAGAGAGAGACCCAGAUAUGGAAAUAGCGGUUAACCCCCUCUCAUGGGGGUUGAAUCCUAAGAUGAUUCACCACAAGCAAACAGUUCUUCCAAUUUUUUUUUCUAUCAGACCAUGUUGUUCACUCCAGAUGAAAUACAAUACCCAAGCCUUUCGUGUAAGUGCUUCCCUUUCUUACAGAGCAAUCCAUAAAUAUUGUCCUGCUGUUUGUGCCGUGUCAUCAGGUGUCAAAGAUCCUGGAGUUUCUUCUUCUCAAUUUGAAGACUUUUCAGUUACUGCUACUAGUACUGGCAAUGCUAAAGAACUGAAGAUUAGCGUGGAGUUAUCUGGUGUCAAGACUCGAACAAUUUUUGACAAUGUGUUUUCUAAAAUGGUAGCUGAUGCUCAGCCCAUUCCAGGUUUUCGAAGAGUAAAAGGAGGAAAAACACCCGAUAUACCCAGAGACAUCCUUUUAGAAGUCCUUGGUCCCUCUAAAGUUUAUAUGCAGGUUAUCAAAAAAGUAAUCAACUCCACUGUUGCUGAAUAUGUAGAAAAGGAAGGUAUAAAGGUAAGCAAAGACCUGAGGGUUGAGCAGAGCUUCGAAGAUCUUGAGGACGCAUUUGAACCGGACGAAGAAUUCAGAUUUGAUGCAGUUGUUCAGCUUCAAGAAAUGGAUUGAAUGAACUAUGAACUUUGAUUCUGCAUUGAAAGUUUUGUAGUUUUUCAGGCUACAUUAUAUAGAAGAAGCUUGUAUGCUAUCUGAUUCUGUGUUUCAAUUAAGAGUAGGGGUUCAUUUCUUCUUGAGUCA